UAUGUAAAUAAAAAAGGGAAAAAAAACAAAAACCAAACGUUUAAAUUUACCAGAAUAACCCAUUGCAGAGAAUCACACGUUUCUCUCUUGUAUACCCCUUGAAAAUUCCUCAUAACCACCAUAUAAAUUGUUCCCUUCCCAAAAUAUCCAAAGUUCUCAUUCAAAAUUCAACCCAAAAUUAAUUUUCCCCAAUCUCUAAGCUUCAUCAAUGGAAAUUUCGCUGAUCUCCGAUACUCUAACAACGGUGGUAACUACCACCCAAGGUUUAGGUUUUUCAAAUUAUCUUCUUAAUCGCAAUAUCAACAGUGUUCUCACACUCUCCGAUGUCUCGUCGGAUCAGCAAUCCCCUUCUCGUCAAAUCUCCUCCGUUGUUUUUCCGAUCGACGCCUUAGCGCCUCCGCCUGUUAAGUACAAUAAGGUUAGAUCCGCGCCGAGAAGAUUAGCCCGUAAAACGCGGCGGAUUGUACGGAAGUCUUUGGGAAGUGGAGAUGAAGGAGGAGAUGAUAACGGAUUUUUGUUUGACGGAGGUGAUUAUGACGGACCGUUUGGUGGUGGUGGUGGUGGUGGUGGUGGGAGUGGGGGUAGGGGAUGGAAUUUUGAUGGAUAUGGAGGGGCAAAUUGGGAAGAAUCGUCGUCGUUUUCGGAUCCGGCGUUUGACUUUGUGUAUGAGUUGAUGUGUUGGGCUGCGUUGUCGAAUUGCUUGCAUUUUGCGUUGAAGAAAGUGGUGAGAAUUGUGGCGGAUGGAUUUAGUGGUGAUCCAGCUAGAGAGAAGGUGGUGGUUCCAGUGAGACUUACAACUGUCUAUUGAACCAGUAAGAUAAAUUUACUGAGUAAAUUGUCGAUUAUGCAAUUCAAUGUAAAUAGUAGUGUGUAUAUAUUUAAGAUCUAUUAUUCAUAGUUGCUUUUAUGGAAUUGAUAUAAAAUUUGUUCUCUUUUGGCUUAA